AUGAGGCUGUUCUCUUCAGUUGUCACAGCAGUGAUGCUGGUCAAUGCGUCAAUGGCGUUCAUCCAGACAGCGCAAUUCCGCCCUGGCGAUGAAAAGGGCAUCUCUUACAGCGUCAACGUCCCACCUUCCACAGCCUCCAGGGGUCAAGGCCCCAUAUAUUUCCAAAUGGAAGCUCCCAGUGAUACGACUGAAUGGUUCUCCUUGGGUCAAGGAACGGGAAUGGCAGGUGCCAAUAUCUUCGUUGCCUACAUCUCAUCGGACAAGAAGAACAUAACUCUUUCCCCGCGCCUAGGGCGCGGCCAUAUGCUCCCCGAUUACAACCCCUCUGCCCAAGUCCGCCUCCUGGAAGGCUCGGGAAUCUCUAACGGAAAAAUUAUCGCAAAAGUGCUCUGCGAAAGCUGUAUGAGCUGGGAUGGCGGCUCCAUGAACCCUACGGAUACAAAGAGCCCCUGGAUCUGGGCCGUGAAGCGCGGCAACCCUCUCAACUCCGCCGAUGUCGAAGCGUCAAUUCCCUUCCACGACAACCAGGGCACGUUCACUUUCGACUUGACAGUGGACGCUGAUCGCGAGGAUGGCUCAAGUGGUUCAACGGCCGGCAUCUCCCAAAGGACCAUAGACAUCAAACGUGUGACACAUGGUAUCAUCAUGUCCGUCGUCUUCGUCAUUCUCUUCCCAACUUUCGCCCUGACCCUAUUCUUGGUCCCCUACUCGAAGACAGCCACACGCAUCCACGCACCCCUCCAGAUCCUCACGCUCUGUGCCGCCGUCACCGGGUUUGGUGUCGGUAUCUCCUUGGGCCUUGACCUGAAGAGGGCAACCAUGUACCACCCCAUAAUCGGGUAUGUGGUUAUUGGCUGGCUAUUGCUUUUCCAACCACUCCUAGGAUACUGGCACCAUCUCAACUACGUGCGCACUCGCGGGCCUAGCGCUAUGGGGCUGGUACAUCGCUGGGUAGGCCGGAGCAUGCUCGUGUUGGGUAUCAUAAAUGGCGGUUUGGGAUUUAAAUUUAGUGGCAUUGGAAAAGAAACGGUGCCUAAGUCCGGCGUUAUUGUCUACGCAAUCCUUGCAGGGGUCAUAAGUGUGGCGUAUAUUAUUACUUUGACAUGGGGAACUUCGAAGAAGAAGAAAAACCAGCAGCGGUUACGAUCCGAUGAGUCGUUCUUUGAUAGUGAAAACAUAAAGCUGGCAGACGGAAGGAGAAGGGGAUGA